UAUAGGAGAGAAGAGGAAAGGCAGAGAGUGAAAGCAAUGAAUUCUGCAAAUUCACCAUUGUUUCUUCCACUCUUAUUGUUCCUCUCCAUCUCUCUAUUCCAGGAAGCUCCCUUUCGCGCUUUAGGACACCAACCGGAUUGGAGCAGCGAAGAGACUCAACAUGGUAAUGGGUUUGGGCGUAGAGUUCUUUUGAGUUUCAAAGAAAAACCCUCAGGAAGUAACCUUACCUUUGAUUGCGCUCCUUCUGGUCCCUGUGUUCCCUGCCUCUAUUCCGAGAAGGGUGAUGGGAAAUAUCGCUGCAGUGAGACUGGCUACCGAAUUCCAUUCAAAUGUAUAGAAAUUAAAGAUUCCAUGAAGGAUGCAAAGAAAACAAAUUCUCAGAAACCACGGUCUUCUUUGGAAAUCUCUGGCAGUAAUGCUGAUUCUCAUAAAGUGUCACAUGUUGCUGGGGAGUUCACUACUACAAAAUCACAUAGAAGUUUACUGGAUGAUUCAUUGCCUUCAGAGAAUAGGUCACAGGCUUACAUCACUUAUAGAAGCUGUAUACCCUCAGUUACGGAAGAGAAGCUGUCAGUACUUAGUUUUGAGGGGGUGGUGAUUUUUUUGUUGCUCGUUAGUGGAUCAAUCAUAUACAUGAAAAAAAAGAAGGCCGUUUCCCAGGCCGGUUAUGCACCAGUAAGGGCUCAGACAAACUCUCGGUUUUGAUGUAGAAGCCUGGUAUAUGAUGAGAUUUAUUUCACACUGAAUCUUUUUUUUAUUUUCCCUUCUUUUGCUCACUUUUUUAGUCACAGUGUAUUGUAUUUGAUUGUAAUAGGCCAAAUGUUGGGAUUUAUCGGCCUCUAAAUAUUCAUUGUAUUUUUGUAUUGUUUAAAUUUAGUAUAGUUUUACUAGUUUUCUGCAUCUUUUGCAACUAUCAAAGUGAUGGGCCCAAGGUAGUCAAGGGAACGAAG